AUGGGACAGAAGAGGAGCAUCACUCCUUCAGCUGAACCUUCUCGCAAAAGCCGUAGGCUGGUGAAAAGGAGCACAACUAGGGAUAUUUUGAAGUCUUUUUCAGAUUCUGAGCAAGAGUGCCACCCAAAACCAUUUCGUCACCAGCAGAAUGAGAUUGAAGUUCCAUCUGAGAAUUCUGAUGGUGGGAGGAAUGAAAGUAUAUCGAGGGUCAGGGAAGAGUCUGAUAGUAGGUGUUAUAAUCACGAGGCAAACAGAAUAGAGGGAAUGGGAGUGGUUGAAGAGUUUACAAAUUUGAAUGGCAUUCUUGCUUUCGAAGAUUCAAGUUUAGGUAUUGCGGGUUCUUUGUCUUCCCUGGUUAGAACUCCAGAAGAACAUUGUUCCAUUGUCGAUGACGACAUAAAUGACAUCGGACAUAUUACUAGAUUGUCUACAUCGACAGAGUUAUCAUGUGUUAUAUGCUGGACAGAUUUCAGUUCAACUAGGGGGGUUCUACCAUGUGGGCAUCGAUUUUGUUUUUCGUGCAUCCAAAGCUGGGCUGAUCAUAUGGCUUCAAGGCGAAAGAUUUCGACAUGUCCAUUGUGCAAGGCCAGUUUUGCGAGAAUUACAAAGGUUGAUGAUGCAGUCUCUUCUGAUCAAAAAAUAUAUUCGCAAACUAUUCCGCAUGACUCAUUAAACAUUGAUGUAUACCUUCUUCCCAAUGGGGAAUCCACUCUUGGUCCACAGCACCAGUCUGCUGUCAGUGCUCUUGUCGGGAGCCUCAGGAUCUUCUCAUUAGAUGCCAUCUCUGCCAGAGUCGAUGUGUUCAUUCCUACUGCUUGGAUCCUCCAUUGUUUCCAUGGAUAUGUGCUCAUUGCAAGGAUCUCCAAGUGCUUUACCAUCAUGUCCGCUGGUUUUAACUGA